AUGUCUGCUAUCUCAAUCUCAAACUCUAACAACUCAAGAUUUGUUCUCACUGGGUUUCCUGGCCUAGAAGUCCACUAUCUCUGGAUCUCCAUCCCUUUCUCCACCAUCUACGCUAUGGUUUUCCUGGGAAACUGCAUGGUGCUGCAUGUGAUCCGGACUGAGGUGAGCCUGCACCAGCCCAUGUUCUACUUCCUGGCCAUGCUGGCCCUCACUGACCUGUGCAUGGGACUAUCUACCGUGCACACAGUUCUGGGGAUCCUGUGGGGCUUCAUUAGAGAGAUCAGCUUGGAUUCCUGCAUUGCCCAGUCGUAUUUCAUCCACGGUCUGUCUUUCAUGGAGUCUUCUGUCCUGCUCGCUAUGGCUUUUGACCGCUAUAUUGCCAUUUGCAACCCAUUACGCUAUUCCUCCAUCCUAACUAAUGACAAAAUCAUGAAAAUUGGGGUGACAAUCCUAUGCAGGAGCUCUUUGCUCAUACCUCCAGUCAUUAUCCGUUUGAAGUUCUUAAAUUAUUGCCGUCCUCACAUCCUUUCUCACUCCUUCUGCCUACACCAAGACUUACUAAGGAUUGCCUGUUCAGAUAUUCACUUCAACAGCAUCUAUGCUCUGGCCCUGGUUAUCAGCAAUCUGUUGUUGGAUGCAGUGCUCAUACUUAUCUCCUACAUCGUGAUCUUGCAUACUGUCUUAGCUAUUGCUUCGCAGGAAGAGAGAAUCAAGUCUUUGCAAACUUGUCUGUCUCACAUCUGUGCAGUUUUGGUUUUCUACAUCCCAAUCAUUGGUCUGACUAUGGUGCACCGAUUUGGGAAACACCUCUCUCCACUUGUUCACGUCCUCAUGGGUAACAUCUAUAUCCUUUUCCCACCCAUGAUGAACCCAAUUAUUUAUAGUAUCAAAACCCAGCAGAUACGAAGAAGAGUCCAGAGAUUAUUCUCCUUGAAAGCAUCCUAA